CUUCAACCAUCCUAAUUUAUUUACACUCUUUUCCCACAAUUUACAUGCAUUCCUUUGAUGCCACCGACAAAACCAAACUUUGGCGCAGAGAGUCCUGAGGACAUUAAGGACUUUUUCCCCGAGGACCAGGCAGUAGUACAGGCAUCGACACGGAUCCGCAGAAUUCUAUAUCGCCGGCGGGAAAAGCAAAUCGCACAGUGGUCGCCGGUGCGGCGUUAUCUGCACAUAUUAUUUUACGAGCCGUCGUCCAUGAGAGCGCGCAUAUUUAUUGGCGUGUCGACCGCGGUUGUUUUGCUGUUCCUCAUUGUCUUCAUAAUAGACACGUUCCCGCAAUACCGUGUCCAAUCGCACUGGAGGGACAUAGCGCGGUCAGUCAAUCUGGCCACUGCGCUGUUUUUUGCAGUGGAAUGGGUCUUGCGCCUCUACGCAUUUCAAAGGCCACUGAUGCAUCAUCCCUGGGUUUUAUACUUUACCAAUGACUCGGCAAACUUUCUUGGCAAAGCCAAGUGGCUCCGAGCACUGCAGAUUCUGCGCGUGCUGCGCGUGUUGCGGCUGACAGAGUAUUCGGUGGAGCUCUAUGUGACCAUACGCACGCUGCGCAAGAGCCUGCUGCAGAUAUUGGUGGUCAUGACGAUCAUCAUAAUUUUGCUGCUGACGGCGUGUUUUCUUUUGUUUUUUGCAGAGAACAACAGGCUGGACCCCAGCCCGUAUCAAAAUAUAUUCUACUGUUUGUAUUGGGGAUUCGUAACCAUCACAACCGUUGGUUACGGCGACUACACGCCGGUGUCGCCAUGGGGCCACGUAACAAUGUUCAUGGGGGUCUUUACCAUUGUGUUUCCCACCUCGAUUAUAUCCAACAACUUUGCUGCCGAGUGGGAGGCCUUCCACAAGGCGCAAAAGGUACACGACCAGCGGCUGCUUCUAUAUGAGUACGAGUACAAGAGGCACGAUCUGGCCCGCGUUUGGAAUUAUGCCAACCAGGCUUAUGACAUGGCUGAUAGAAGCGACGAUACUGACAGACUAUCAA